UUGUUCAUUGUUGUUUUAUCCAAGGUUUUACAGCAUUUUAAUUUAAUGUUUCAAUACAAGUUCAUUUUUAAUACAUCUAACCUGAAGAAAUCCUAUAGUUCCUGUUUGAACACACCCGUAUAGGCGAUUAUAAACUCCACCCUCUCACAACACUCACCAGGAAGAGACUGACUUAUUUCUCCUUUCAGUCAAACGGACUUUCUUCUCUCUUGACAAAAUCAAUAAAGAAUCAGCGAUCAGUGGAGAACAAAGAGGAAAAACUUCAAGAAGGAUUUUUGUGAAGUUACUUUCUGAACAGACAGCAAAUCCUCAUGAUUCAUUUUUGAAACCGUUAUUCAGAAAGUGAAAGUAAAGUUUAGACUGCUGGAGCUCAAACAGUGAAAAUGGCUUCAGCAGCUGAAGAUGAUUAUAUUUGUCCUGUAUGUCAUGAAAUCUUCAAGGCUCCUGUUAUUUUAUCAUGUAGUCACAGUUUUUGUAAAGAGUGUCUUCAACAGUUCUGGAGAACCAAGAAAACUCAGGAGUGUCCUGUCUGCAGGAGAAGAUCCUCAAAAGAUAAACCUCCUCCUAAUCUGGCGUUAAAAAACUUGUGUGAGUCGUUCCUGAAGGAGAGAAAUGAGAGGCGUUCAUCAGGAUCUGAGGAGAUCUGCAGUUUACACAGUGAGAAACUCAAACUCUUCUGUCUGGAGGACAAACAGCCUGUGUGUGUAGUGUGCUUUACUUCACAAAAACACAUCAGUCACACAGUCAGACCCAUCAAUGAAGUUGUCCCAUCAUACAAGGAGGAGCUCAAUACAGCACUGAAGUCCUUACAAGAGAAACUUCAACACAAUGAAGAAAUGAAAGGAGAGUUUGAGGAAACAGUUCAACACAUCAAGUCUCAAGCUGACCACACAGAGCGUCAGAUUAAACAGCAGUUUGAGAAGCUUCAUCAGUUUCUCAGAGAUGAAGAAGAAGCUACAAUCACUGCUCUGAGGGAGGAAGAGGAGCAGAAGAAGCAGAUGAUGAAGGAGAAGCUGGAAGAGAUGAACAGACACAUCUCAGCUCUUUCACACACAAUCAAAGACAUGGAGGAGAUGAUGAAAGCCAAUGACGUCUGCUUUCUGAAGGAGUUUCCAGUCUCAGUGGAAAGAGUCCAGAGCUCACAGCCGGAUCCACAGAUGGCUUCUGGAGCUUUGAUUCAUGUGCCACGUUACUUGGGCAACCUGUCGUUCAGAGUCUGGAAGAAGAUGCAGGACAUCGUCCAAAACACUCCUGUUAUUCUGGAUCCAAACACUGCGAAUCCGUGUCUCAUCCUGUCUGAUGAUCUGACCAGUGUGAGAAAGAGCGGGAACGAUCAACCUGUUCCUGAUAAUCCAGAGAGAUUCGACCAUUAUCCAUGUGUUCUGGGUUCAGAAGGGUUUAACUCAGGAACACACUGCUGGGAUAUAGAGGUUAAAGAGAGUUCAUGGUGGGAGCUUGGAGUAACUACAGCAUCAAACAAGAGGAAGGGAGAUGAUUUCUUCAAGACUGAUGUCUGGAGUGUGGGGUAUAAUUCUACAGGACUGUCUUCAGGUUCUGGUUUUCAUGUUAAACAGAAUCUUGAUCAUGUGAGAGUGUCUCUGGACUAUGACGGAGGAACGGUGUCAUUCUCUGAUCCUGUAACUAACACACAUCUACACACAUUCACAACCACCUUCACUGACACACUCUUUCCAUUCUUCCAUUGUUCUCACUCUUUCAGGAUCUUAGCGGUCAAUAGUCAGUAAACGUUACUCCUGUAGGUCUGGAUCUUCCUGCUUUCCUUGUGUUUACAAUAUUCAAUCCAGAUCACAUGAGUAAAGCCCCAAAGUUCUUUUUUCUUCACAGUCGAACGCACAGCCUUCACUUGACUCGCACGCAUACACAGGUGUUCAAAUCCGUCAUGAAAGCAAGUUAUGACAGCCACUGUGUAGAUGAAGCUUCCUGCUUCCUGCUUCCAGUCUCCCACUGACAGCCAUCAGCUUACAUUCCGGAGAAGGGGAAACACAAAAGGAUUAGAAAUAAUAUGCCUCCUCUGGUUGAAGAAUCUACCUGCUGCACAAACUGCCACAGACUUCUACAAAGGAUUGCAGUUCUUGAAACAAAGUUACUUGCGGGACUACCAAACCAGACAGAACACACAACAGAGCUUCGUCAUGGCCGUCCUCAGCACACAGUCGGUGAGUCCCAUGAAUCUAAUGCCCCUAAACAGGCCAUGCUGAGUGCCGAAACUGAUCAACAUACUAAUCGAUGGCACAAACAGGGAGCGAGACCCAAAGGCACUCGAGACAUCAGAUUAUCACGAGUAUCACAUAUUGCAGUAGCAUCCUCUACCCCAAACACUAGCUCCCUACCACCGCCAAUACAUCUGGAGAACAGAUUUGAAGUGUUAAUGAAUGUGGGUGAGGAAUCUCCAGACGUGAUGAAUGUGGGUGAGGAAUCCCCAAACAUGAUCGGACACAGAUCAAAUCAGCCAGCAGCUAACACUGAUGCUAACUGCCGCUCAAAGUUGAGCAGACAGCGGCACUCAGCUCUUAGAGCAGCCGCGCCCAGGACUCUGAUAGUGGGUGACUCUAUUAUCAGAAACAUUAGCAACAGGGAUACAACUACAUGCUGCCUUCCACAAGCAACAGUUUCUGAUGUAAACAGGGAACUUAAGAGCAUUCUGAUGAAAUAUAAGACUGCAAAUCGACUAAUCAUUCAUGUGGGGAACAAUGAUAUUCGGAAGGAGCAGUCAGAACUCCUUAAAAGGGAUUUCAAUGAACUUUUUGAAAUGCUUAGAAGACUAAAAGUUCAGUUGUUCAUCAGUGGACCACUCCCAGCAAGAGGAACAAAUAGAUUUACACGGUUGCAACUUAAA